CGCGGAGCCUCCCCGGCAAGAUAAGCCAGGACCACCGCCCCCCUGGCACCCCAUUGGCUGCUCAGCGAAGCCCGGUCUCCGGGUAAGAUGGCAGCGGACGGACAGUGCUCGCUCCCCGCUUCAUGGCGGCCGGUCACCCUUACCCACGUCGAAUAUCCUGCAGGUGAUCUCUCUGGCCACCUCCUUGCCUACCUGAGCCUCAGCCCCAUAUUUGUCAUUGUUGGUUUCGUGACCCUCAUCAUAUUCAAGCGGGAGCUGCACACGAUCUCAUUCCUCGGGGGCCUGACUCUGAACGAGGGGGUCAACUGGCUGAUCAAACAAGUCAUCCAGGAGCCUCGGCCCUGUGGAGGCCCCCACACGGCGGAGGGCACCAAGUACGGGAUGCCCUCCAGUCAUUCCCAGUUUAUGUGGUUUUUCUCCGUCUAUUCCUUUCUUUUCCUGUAUUUAAGAAUGCACCAGACGAACAACGCCAGGUUUCUGGACUUGCUGUGGAGGCACCUGCUUUCCCUGGGCCUCCUCACCGCAGCCCUGCUAGUCUCCUACAGCAGGGUCUACCUGCUAUAUCACACCUGGAGCCAGGUGUUCUAUGGGGGCAUCGCUGGAAGCCUCAUGGCCAUCGCUUGGUUCGCCUUCACCCAGGAGGUCCUCACCCCUCUGUUCCCCAGGAUAGCAUCCUGGCCCGUCUCCGAGUUCUUCCUAAUCCGAGACACAAGCCUCAUUCCCAACGUGCUCUGGUUUGAGUACACGGUGACCCGGGCUGAAGCCAGGCUCUCUAGAAGAUGGGGGAUUACCCCUGCUUCCCUGCGGUUCCCGGCCGGUCGUGAAUAUAGCCACGCCCCCAAACCAGGAACAGACAACGCAAGCUGGGGACGAAACUGCAGUGAUGGUGAGUGAGGCUGGGUCCAGCCUCCAGGUCUGGCCUGCACGAUGCCUUGCGGGAUGGACGGAACGACAGAGGGAUGAAGCAGAGACCUCUACAGACCCGUCACCAAGCAGAGCCUUUUCUUUUCUUAUUUUUAUUUUAAUGAACAAGGUGGCCCGAAGGGCUGAGUCAGCCCCUCAGCCAGGACCCUGGAGGGCCUGCUGCCGGGGGCCACGUGCGUGGCCAGAGGCCCUCGGUGUGCUGCUGCCAGCCCCCGGCCGGGCAGAAGGUGCCCUUGGUGUGGGCGCUGGGUGUGGGGUAGAGGAGAAGGGCUCACACCUGUGCUCUCGGGCCCGGGGAGUCCAGGUGACGUGAAAAAUACACACUAUUUUUGGUUUUGUUAAUGGCAGACAGGAUUUCGGAGACAGGGCCGGAAGAGCCUGCUUUGCUGUGGCUGCCCCAAGUACCAAGGGGCCCAGGCCCUUUGCCUCUUCCUGGGCCUGAAAGGUGGGGAGCGCGCCGUGCCCUCCCCGCCGCCAUUGCCAUUCCGGAGCCUCAUUCAGUGUUUCCUAGUCUGGGGGCCAGGGCCCAGAGAGAGCGGCCUCUGGCGGCUGCUGUCAUUGCGUCCUGCCUCGAACCGACCCUGCACCACAAGGGCUUUCUCUGGUCCCUUUCUGACAAAGGAGCCUGCACAUGUGGGUGAGCGAGCCCAGGCUGUUUACAGCUCUUUCUGGUCCUGCCGUCUGGGAGCAGUUAGCUUUCAUCUCCACAAGGACAAAAUGCAAAGGAACCGGGACCUGGGGGAGGGGGCGGGCAGUGGGUGCCUGCCAUCCAAGCCCUGCCCUUUCCCCCUCACUCUGAACAUUCCUUGUCUUUCCCGACCCCCUCUGCUGGGCUGGAGACUUGCCUGUUUGGGGUGGGGUGCAUAGACCCCGCUGUCCAGCCCGGGAUGGGCCCUCUUACAGGGACUUGGUCUCCGAGUCUCUCUGAAGUGGAGUUGUGGGGUGGACUUGCUUCCAGGUUCUUGGAAGUUUCCAGAACUGACCCAGGUUGCUCGGGGACCUAUGUUGGAAUCCCGCCCCUCCCUUUCUUUGUGGAGGUUCCUAACCUGCUGCUGAAGCACAAUGUUUGGGUGCUUUCUUUUUUCAUUUGUCAAAGACAGUGUCCAAAAGCCAUUCCAGGUGCCAGGACCAGGGGCCUGUUUCUGGGGAAGGCUGGUCAGUCCCCACAUUCCCUCCUCCUCUUUCCUUCUUAUUUUGUAUGUUUUGCCUGAGACAAGCCAAGUGUGAGACGGUUGAAGAAAAAUCAAAUUGUUUACUAUUGUUUUAAAAUAAAAUCUUGAACUCUG